CCAGAGAGGUGGCCGCUGCUCCACCCCGUGUGGUGGCCUCCCUCCUCAGCAUGGCCUCCUGGCUUGGGGAUGCCGCUGGCCCUGACCCGCUCAUGGUGCUCCUGGUGGUCAUCCUCCUGGUGCGCUUCAUCCUGUGGUCCUGUCUGGGGACCUAUAUGGACUACAGGCUGGCCCGGCCUCAUCCUGGCAAACCCAAGGAAGAGUAAGCGAAGAGGCCCAGUGGAGACCAACCCAGGAGGUUUUCGUACUGUGACCAUAUCAUCCCCCUGUGGGUGGGCCACCCACCUGUCCAUUGAGUGCCACAGACGCCUUCAUGUAGGACACCUUUACCCCGCCCCCCCUUUCCACUGCUGCUCCCAUGAGUCCUUUAGCAUGGGUUAACCUCCGCAGCUUUUUACCAGCCAGGCAGGUAUACAAUCCUGAUGUCCUACGCACUGUGUCAAACCAGAACGCAGAAGAAAAGACCGGUUCAGAACCUG